AUGGCACCGCCACUAGCACAAGCGGCCAGGAUCGCGUCCAGGAUUGCCACUGCUGCGAGGGCGGCCGAGAAGACUGCGACCAAGGUCAACAAGGGAGAGUUGGCCGCCGCUGUCGCGCAGCUGAAAAAGGCCAAAAAGUCAAACAAGAAUACAGAAGCUGCUGCCAAACCAGAAACUCCUUCUGUAGAUGUUCCAGACAUCUCCGAAACCACGCGCUACAAGAAUCUCUCCUCGUACCGGAAUACCCUUACCUACUAUGCUCAUCAGGAUUAUCCCUUGAGCACCACUCUGAGCAACGUCUUUCCCGAGAAACACCUGGGUCCCACCAGCAGGGAGAAGUUCCCAGACAAUGUUGACGUCGUGAGCGAAGCUCUAUGCGAUCAAGUCAUUGACUAUAUUGGCCCCGAUUUGGACAAACACAAGGGCUGCGAUAUCAUCGAUCUCCAUCCGGGCGCUUGUCUGUGGUCCAACAAGAUCCAUGAGCGCCUCAAACCCCGUCGCCAUCUCCUUCUCGAGCCUGAUGAACGCUACCUAGACCCCUUUAUCAAACCCCUGCUGGACCAAAAGGAGUCCGCCUAUCGCCACACAACCCUGUCCGGCGCCGCUCCAAAGGGCUACUUUGACACUUACGACAAGAUCUUCGACGACCACCUUCUGCCACAAAGAGAUCCCCUACCUGCCAAUGACCCACGCUUACGUAAAUCAAAUCAUUCUUUACUGGUCAUUGGCAGUCUGGUUCGUCGCUACAGUGGACUUCGUACAGGCACCAACGCUGUCGCUUUCCCAAACUUGAUUUUGCACCACCUGGCUGAAGCUGCUCAAACAAACAUCAUGUUUCAACGCUACGGUCUAAUACGUGUGCUUCUCUGGGUUCCCGAUGAGAUCAAGAACAGCAUACUGCCUGACACGGUUCUUCACAGAACGGGCUACUCCAUCAAUCUUGAGUCGGCUUUUAACAUUGCUGAGGUUGUCGGUAGUGAUCGCUCUCAGAUGUCUCGUACCGAAGUCAACAAGAAGAUUCUCCAUCGCCAACGACAAGACCAACUUGAUGUUUGGAGUGCACGAAGAGUCCUUGAGCGCAUGCAGUCCAAAGCCAUGGCCAUUCCCGAGCAUCGCCGACCCGAGAUGCAUCAGCGAGCUCUCGACGCCGACGAUCAAAGUCUAUCAGACUACAAUCCGAUACGUCUCCCCAAGGACAAGCCGUUGCAAGCUAUUGUCGAUGAUCACGAGGGGCAACUCAAGAAACUGGCAGAGUUAGCAGCGAUUCCCAGAAUAAAACGAAAACAACAUACACUCCCUGAGGCGAAAUUCAAACUCACAAAUGCCAGCCAGGAAUACAUCAAGGUCCAAGAUCAGCCCGGCUGCAGACUCUGGUUCGAUUCUUGGGGUCUACAAAUUGCCAUUGAAAACGAGUUGAGUGCAACCAAGACUACAAUGGCCGAACAACUACGAACGGACUUGGAGACGAGGAUUCUUGCGGCCGACAAGAAGCUUUCGUCCAUCCAAGAGAAAAUGUUCAGUAAGGACGUAGUAAAACAGAUGGUUGUUCUUAUGAACGAGCUGUUCGCGCUGUGUGGGCCUAACCCAACGAUGGAAUGGGACAGACGACCCUUUGAGCCCAUGACGGCGGCUGAGGAGGAAUUCUGGCCUCGCUUCCCUAUGCGACUGGUUGACCUCAAGCCACGAGCAGAAGCGCUCGGAGAUGAUUUGAUGAAUCCGACUGAAGCCAACCAUGUCCGACGUGGCCUGCUCAAAGCAAUGUUCACGCACCCUGCAGCUCCACUCAUGGAUUCGAUCGAUAGACUUGGACCCGGAGCUCGCGAUCUAGUUGGGCCUGAAUUUAGUGACGCUUCGUCGGGUGGAAGAUUGGACCCCAAGCAUCUGUUGACCAGAGACAUUACACGGGAGCAACUGACCGCUCUUACCAAAGCGUAUAUCGAGUGGCCAUUCCGACCACUUGGAUCGGAAGCGAUCGAAGCCAAUGAGGUGGAGGUGGUGUAG